AUGGAAUCAAAUAAUCAAUAUAACCCACUCGAUGAUACAGUUAACACAGUUUUAACUGGACUACUUCCAGUAUUGAUUGUUGGCUUAUUUAAAGGAUUUAAAAAGGCAAAAAGAAGGGGUUUUUCUUCACCAAUAAAUGCAUUUGAUGAUUUUAUCAUAUUUUCCUCAAUUAUCAUAUAUCCUUUGGUUUCUGGACUUCAACGGUAUAGCAACUAUUCUAAUUUUGGAAAUCUUUUAAUCAUUAUAUCUAUUGCCGCUUCUAUUAGAAUAUUAACUUUAUAUUUUAAGGCCUUCAUAAAUAUGCAGCGGGAUAUAGAAUAUUAUUAUAAAAAAUCUGUAAUUUAUUUUAGCAUCUUUCUUUUAUGCUUUAUUUCAUUAAAUAGUUAUAAUCAUAUUAGUCAAUUCUGUAUUGAUAAUUUCCAUCUUGGCAAUUUUAGAUUUUUGAGAACUAUAACUUCGUCAAUUUAUGGAAUAUGUGGCAUGUUAAGUUUAUUUGUUAGCAUUUAUUAUUAUUAUCAUGUAAAAUUUACAGCAAUUCAUAAAUGGGUUAAAGAAAUUCAUGAACGUUACCCUAUUAUUCAUUACUUUUUGAUUUUUGCUAAUCAUUUUAUGACUUUUAUAUUAAUGAUUUAUCCACCUAUUAUAGUUGGAUACUUACUUAGUACCAAUUCCAUUACUACUAAAAUUUCUUUUUCAAUUUGCAGUAUAUCUUUUAGUCGUUUAGUUGCGCAUUUUGGCGAGGCUCCUGAAGAUAUUAAUACUGUAAUUUCUUAUUAUCUGAAUUAUCAUGAAGGUCUUAAAAUAAAUGCUACAGAAGUUCAAAGAAAUGAAAUACUUAAUGAUAUACUAGAAAUUUUAAAGAAAGUAGAAGAUUUAUUGUAG